AUGACGUCUGGCUACAUAAUGAUAGCUAUCAUCUUUUGGAUAUCAAGCCAACUGGUUGAAUCUUUCAUUUUAAAUCGAUUUACCAAGCCUACCUGCAAUAUUACCUCUGAGAAAGCCGAUUGCUCGAAUAGAAGUUUGGUGAAUAUAUCAUCUCUCAACUUAGCACAUGAUAUUAAAAUCUUAGACUUGUCAGAGAACAACUUUACCAAUGUAACCGAUACAUUCUUUAAACCUAUUUCGGAGUUAAACAUUACAGAACUCUUCCUUAAAAGAUGUCACAUUCAGUAUAUAUCUCCAAAAGCAUUUGCUCUUAUCCCGAACAUAAGCAGAAUAGAUCUAUCUUUCAACAAUCUUAGUCUAAAUGCCAUGAAGGAAGGUUUGAAAGGUUUAAAUGGCUCCAGUAUAGAGCAUCUGGACAUUUCGAAUAUCAUUACAAGUAAAGAGCCUCAAACCCUACCGGAAGAUACUCUCUUAAGUCUACACAACACAAACAUAACGAAUCUAAGGAUGAGAAGCUGGAAUAUAAAUAAGGUGAUAAAGAAUACUUUUCAAAAUCUAUCAUGUCUACAAGCAUUAGAUCUAAGUGUGAAUAAAAUACAUGCUUUAGAAAUGGAGGGCCUCCCAGAAAUUAGACAAUUAAAUCUGACUUGGAACAAGAUGACUUCCUUACCGAAAAUGUGUGAUAGUCAAAACGUAUCACUGGUACCAAAGUUGAAUAACCUGUCUCUUGCAAUAAAUCAUCUUCUUGAUUCACAAGAAUUCCAAAAACAAGGGCAUUGUUUACCGAACUUGUACUAUCUUAAUGUAUCAUUUAAUUUGAUGGAUAGAAUUAAAUCAGAUUCAUUUUCAACCCUCAAAAAAUUAGGAAUAUUAAGCAUUGGAAACAUGUUAACGUAUGAUUUAGUUAUAGAAGAGGGUGCACUCAAUUCCAAAACAUUGGAAAUGCUGUAUCUUGGAAGUUACAAAAGAGUGUCAAAGGAUACAUUCAAUCCAAAAACACUCUUUAAGAAAUGCACACAGUUAACAAGACUAGAAAUGUCGAAGUUUGAUUUCUCCGAUUUAUCCAUUGUCAACUUUCAUGUAAUGAUAUCACCUCUAAAAAAUCUCUCAGAGCUUAUUUUACGUCACAACAAACUGAAUAAUGUUCCGGAAACAUCAAAUUUUCCUAAUCUUAGCUUUUUGGAUUUAGAGGGAAGCACUAUUCGGCAUGUGCACAGAGAUUCUUUUCAGAACAAUUCACACCUUGAAAAAAUAAUCUUACGAUUAAAUCACCUCACAACAAUUCGACAGGAUACUUUUACAGAUGAAAUAUGGAAGAAUCCAAAGCUCUUCAUUGACAUUUCUUAUAACCCCUAUGCUUGUGACUGUGACCUUGAAUGGUUUAUCAAAUGGGCAUACAAGAGAGGGAUAAUAGUAGAAAAUGAUGAUUAUCAAUGCGAUUCUCCCAAGAAAUGGAAGACAACUAGACUUGAUAUCCACAUCCAAAGUCUGAAGACUAGUUGCCAUCCAGUGAAUAAAGUUUUCAUCACACUUUUAACUAUUUUUUCCUUCAUGUUUAUAUUUCUUUUUGGUUUAAUGCUUGCAUGGAAGUUAAGAUGGGACAAUAAGUAUUACUUGCACAAAUGGACAGAUGGAAGACGAAGCGCAUAUCAAAAAAUUAUUGAUAAUGAGUUAAAAGAGUACGAUGGAUUUGUGGCAUACAACACACGUGACCGGAAAUGGAUUAUGUCGGAACUUGUCGAAGCCAUGGAGAAAAAAGAACAUUACAAACUUUGUCUUCAUGAAAGAAAUUUUUUACCAAGUUGUGCUCACGUUGAUAACAUACUAGAGAGUAUUGAAGCCAGUAGAAAAUUCAUUUUGGUACUUUCGAACAACUUUAUGGAGGAUCAGUGGUGCAAUUACGAAACUAUCAUUGCUAAUCAUAAGUUAGCUGAUGGAAAUGGGGACAGAGUUUUUCUUAUUUUGUUGGGGAAAAUCAGUUCUAAACAUUUUACAAUUGCGCUGAAAACUUUAUUAAAAUCUGUAGAAAAUGCAGAAUGGACACUUAAUGUAAAAGGGAGGAAAUUAUUUUGGAACAAGCUAAAAAGAUUCAUGAAAUAAAUAAAA